CGUGUGCCGGUUGGGUUAUAAUCCUAUACUUGUUGGUUUAAUUAAAUUGCCAGGAAGUCUUGUGUGUUAUUUAUAAACAAUAUUCGAAGUGGCUGAUAAUCCUGGCCGUGCUUUGGAACUUUAAUCGAUAACUAGACACGUUAAAAUGUUAUAUCGAUAACGUGACGAAACUAAUUGUGGCAACGUACACUUGACAACCCAACCAUUCAAAUAAAAUGAAUGUAACGAGUAAGACCGGUUUAUUGGCCAGUCCCACGAAAAAGACGAAUAGGCCAAACAAAAAGUCUAUUGUUCAAUUAACAGCAAUUGCUAAACCUGCGCCGUUUGUUCUUAAACCGUUCGCCGGUUUAUUCAACCCUUACCCGUACGGAUGUUCUCUUCUUUGUAAUCACCCGACAGAUAACGAGGCUAAAGAGCUGCUGAAAAAGGCUAAGGACUCAUGGUUCGUUGAAGGAAGAAACGUUUUACUUGCGGAAGAAAUCGAAGCAAUUAAAGCAAGCUUAGAGCAACUUCAAGCGACACAAGCAAUUGCCAGAAACACAAAAUUACCCACAAUAGAAAGCGUGCCUGAGGAACUCUUCAGAAGAUACACUGAAACAGACUCUAGACCUUUAACACCGGCACCAACUUUAGCAAGCGCCGUCACUAGAGCAUCGGGUUCAAGAAGAUGCGUGACACCGGAUCCGUUUCCAACAACUCAAAUAAGAGAGAAAACUUUGCUCGUUCUUGAUCUGAGAAGAAGUCACAGUCAGGAAACUUUGUCUUAUUAUGGUAGCUCAUCGAUUCUGGAGCCGCCUCUUAUUAAAAUCCAACACGUACACACCAGAGCGGGCAGUAUUGAUAAGUCUCCAGACAGUCAAAAUAUUGAACUCCCUUUCCUAGGUGGCAGACCGAAAAGUCCCAAAAAGUAUGAAGUUGCAAAGGGAACUGAAAGUACUGAAGCCCAACCGGAAGAAAACGUGCAGAGUGAGGAGGAAGAAGAGGAGGAAUAUGUAAAACGUCGAGGGAAAAGACGAAGAAAACGUAGGGAUGCUUCACGUGGUCCUCCGGCCUUUCAGGUGUCGCUUGAUCCUGAAACGCAGGUAGGUACACAUGGUGGAGUCGAGUCGAGAGGUACUAGCGCCAGACCUUCGUUAGUGUCAGGAACGCAAAUAGAAGAUGUUAUUGAAAUUGUCACUAAAAUGAAACCUGCAUUGAUGACUUCGAAAAGUUUAGAUGUUGAUUCGUUUUUGGACGUGGAAAUAUUGAGGCAGUUACGAAGAGAACUGAACGAGGAAAUUGCUGACACAGAACUUAAUGAUAAACGAAGGAAAGCAUUGAAAGAGGUACUGAAAACUGUUUCGAAAGAUAAAAUCGUGUGUGAGGAAUUGUCUAUAUUGCAAAAAGAAUUGAAAAUACCAGCCGUGAAUGCAGAUCUGUGGAUUUCUCUUCCUAGAAUUUUUACCAGAUCUAGUGCUAGAUUUGAAUUGCCAAUGGCUGAUGCAUCUUUAAAUGCAAUGACUCCAAUGGAUUAUGUGAAAAAUCACAUUUACACAUCUAAUUCUAGAAAAUUAUUAUAUAAUUGUGUUUUCACUAAAUAUAAAAGCGAAUUCGACUUCGAAUUGGAAAAUGAACGAAAAAUAUCAGGAAGAGUGUUACAACAAGCUCUAGAUUUAAUGAUGGGUAAACCGAUGAGUGAAUCUCAGAAAAUUUAUAUAAAGGAUUUACUUUGCUGGGACGAUAGAGAUGAAUUCGAUUUUAAAACAUUUUGUGGUAUUUCAGCGUUAUGUGAGAGGCUUUUAGCACCGGAAUAUUGUUCGAAGUUGCCAGACAGGAACGUUGAUCCCUGCCACGAGAUUGAAAUAGCAGAUUUUGAGACUUUGGCCAGAAAACUUCAUGGUCAGAACGCCAGUCCCAAACUAGUAGAUAUGUUAUAUAAGAUUAAAACCUAUUAGUUUUUGUAAAUAAAAAC